AUGACGACCGCUCCGACUGCUGGUCGUGGUCGGGAGUGCAGCAGAAGUAGUCGCCUUCAAUGUAUUGAUUUUGAUUCAUCUUGCAAAAAUUGUAUGUUUGUUGCAUCAACAAGACGUACCGCAGCAGUCUCUGUGGCCCCGUUGUCGACGCGGGAGCCGCAGGGGAUGCUGCAGAUCGAAAUGAUCUUUGUAGAUUUGAACGACUACGUUCUUCUAGAAGUGGGAAGUAAACUAUUUGGUUGCAUCGUCGACUCACGACUUCUACUAGUACAACAGAUGAAUUUAUAUGAACUGAUAUACUUGAUUACGAUUUUGCAGCUGCUGACAUUUAGGCCGCGUCGAGCAGCAGCCGCGAAAAAUGAUAUUUAAUAGCGAGGUUUUUUACGACAAUGGACAUCAAAACUUACUACCAUAUUUUUUGAAAGAAGAUUUUUUGCGAUCAUGAACAAAAUGAAAAUGUAAAAAAUGCAGCUCUGAUAAUUGUACCUUUAUUUUCGUAAAGGGUGAGGCACGACCACGAGCACGACAGCGGUGCUUGUUCUAGAAGAUGACUCACGUGACCGGCUGCAGCUAUCUGGAACAACUUCGCUUCCAGUAUUGGUUCAAGCGGAUUCUUGAUUUCUAAUCCUGUACAUAUUUGUUUUGUACAAAUUUGAAUUAUUUUGGAAACUGAAAAAACACAAAAAAAGGAAGAUUUGUCUUUUCCCGCUAUAACUCUAGCUCGAGGUGGCCAGUGUGAUACACUACCUACCCAAAUAUUGAAUUGUGUAUCACACGAUUAUAAUAAGCGAACUUUUAGCGACCCCGGGGAUCAUAUUUGAUACGCAAUAUUACCAUCGCGCAGCGUUACUUAUGAUAGAUGGACAAGUAGAGCAUCAAAUGGAUAGUUUGUUUGUAUUCAGCUGACUUGCCAAAUGACGAGUUUUCGUCAAAAUCUGACUCUGCCGAACAACAUCUUCCCAAUCGUCCCUGUACAUCACAAAAAAGAAUGCUAGCGACGUGGCGCCCGCCGUGUCUCUAGGUGUUGUCCACGCAAUGCCAAUGUCCGCGCGACCAUGGGGACGGCAGUCGCAGUUUUUCAGUG